UCUUCUGAAGAAUUUAUCAGUUUACCCAUGUUUUUCUGGGUUCAUCUUUCAGAUUUCAGUAUUAUUGUGAGGUGGGACGCCAGCCACCAAUUAUCAAAUUGGUUUAAAAUCCAGUCUGAUAGUGUAUAAAAUUUCAGUUAAAAUUCAUUGAUAAAUUAGUUCGCGUAUCGUUCGGUUAGUUCCGUAGGUUAAGUCGAAGAGUUAUUUAAUUCUCAAGAGUUGGCAUCACUGUUCAGCGAAUGCAGCGGUCAUCGAGUAGCUGUAAUGUUAAUGUUUUAUGCUGACUGAAAUUUCUUUGUGUAUUAAAUUAAGUGUAUUUUGAAGUGCCUCAUUUUAAUUGAAAAAUACUGUGAUAAAUCCGAAAUGAGAGUGAAAUAAUCAAUUACAUCUGCCUUGAAACUGUUCAAGAUCUGUGAUAUGUAUUAGGCGAGCUAAGCUGACUAAAAAGUUAUAAAAUAUGGAAAUUUUUAGGAUAGCGUGCCUUUGUAUAUUUCUUUAUUCUGCCAGAGCCCAGUUGACCUCAGAUAAGUUUUCUACCAAUAGAAGUUAUGAUAACCAUAAACCUACAUUCACGAAAUGUGCCGAAUACAAUCCCUCAGUGCCAGAAGAACAGAAGGACGCUUUCGUACUUCAGGUUGAAGCAACAGACGUCGAUCCACCGGAAAAUGGUGGCACCGUAACAUAUAAAAUCAUGCAGAAGGAGGGAGAGCGUGUGUACUUCACCAUUGAUAAUGUUACUGGCGUGAUCAAAAACGUGAACGCUUUUGAUCGUGACGAACCGUAUCGACAAAAAGAAGUAUACCUGAGUAUACAGGCCACUGACAAUGGCAGACCGCCUCUGGCAGACAUAUGUACCUUCAAAGUGACAAUAAGUGAUAUCAAUGACAAUGCACCAAGUUUCGACCAAGCAAGCUACCGUACUCAAGUAUCUGAAGAUCUCAAACCCAACAGCGAAGUAGUCAGAGUGUUCGCUUUUGAUUCAGACGAUGGUGAAAACUCCAGACUGACCUAUAGCUUCGCCAAGAACAAUCCUAAGUUUGCCGAAUAUUUCCGUAUAGACAGCAGCACUGGUGUGAUUUAUUUGAAGCAAUCUCUUAAAUCUAAUCAGGGAAUGAAAUUCGUUGAAACAAUUGCUGUGAGCGACAACGGUGAUGAACCUAAAAACAACUAUGCCGAUCUGUCCAUUGUUGUUGUCGGAUCAGACAAGCAGUCGCCAAAAAUCACUGCCGAUAAACCUUCCAUUUCUCUCAAUGAAGAUUUCAAUUCCUACGAGAGCACUUUGAUCACGUUAGAAGCUGACUCAAAUAUAAGGGAUAAGAGUGUUGUCUUCGAGUUGAUGAAAGGUAAAACGCGACAAACAAACAUGGAUUCCACGUUCGUUCUUACACAGCAGGAUACGAAAGCUGAGAUAACACUAGGUAGACCGUUAGAUUACGAAACAGUACCUGACUACAGUUUAACAGUAAUUGUUAGAAAUAAAGAAGGACUAAGCACAUCCACAACGCUCAAAAUCAAUAUAAAAGAUGUAAAUGAUGAAAUGCCCACCUUCAUUGAUCUGUUGAAAGGUAGUGUGGUGGAAAAUGAUAUUGAGGGUGCGGUGGCUAUGCAGGUUAAAGCAGAUGAUAGAGACGGCACUAGUCCUAAUAACUUGGUCAAAUAUGAACUAUUAACUUAUACAGAUCUAUUUGAAAUCGAUGAAGAAACAGGUCACAUAAGAGCAAAGACUAAAUUUGAUAGGGAAAUCGAGAGUGUUUACCACGUCCAAGUGAGGGCAUAUGAUGGUGCUCCGAGUGCUCUGAAAAAAAAUUCAAGCGAGCCAAAUUCUGCUGUUCAAACAUUCCAAAUCAGUAUUGAAGAUAAGAACGAUAACGCUCCAGUAUUUCAACAGUCGCCAUACUUCGUUCACAAUAUAUCUGAGAGCUCUGAUACAGGCAGCAUCGUAGUUGAAGUACAAGCAGUAGAUAAAGAUACCGCUUCUUUGAUUACCUACAAAAUUGUUGAUGGGAAUGUUGAUGACGCAUUCGUGAUUGAAAAUACCACUGGCAGAAUCAAAGUGAAUAAAGAACUAGAUUUCGAAAAGGUUGAGAGUUACAAUUUGACCGUAAUGGCUCAUGAUGGCAUCUAUAAUGAUACAACAAAAGUUCUAAUCAAUAUUUUGAAUGAAAACGAUGAACCUCCCGUCUUCGAAAAGUUCGACUCGGAAAUUUAUAUCGUUGAAGAAAAGACUUACUCCGACUGCGUUCUCAGUUUGACUGCGUACGAUCCAGAUAUUAAAAAUCGUUCAGAAAAUCAAAGGAUCAGCUAUGAAGUACAGAAAGAUUUUCUUAAAAUUGACUCUAAUGGUUGCUUGACCAUUAUCAAGCCUUUGGAUAGGGAUUUACCAAAUGGAACUCCUAAGGUUCAGGCUUAUGUUAUUGCUUAUGACAGUUUUGGUCCAACACCACUGAAAACUUUCGCUGAAGUUAAUUUUCAUUUGACGGACAUUAAUGACAAUGCGCCUUUCUUGAAUGUGACAGAGGUGGUUUGGUACGAAAAUAGUUCACCGAACCUUAUUACAGUUCUCACUGCAGAUGAUUAUGACAGUGAGAAGAAUGGACCUCCGUUUUCUUUCUUAUUAGAUGAUUCUGCAGAGCAAAUUAUAAAAGAUAGGUUCGAAGUUGACAGCAGCGGUACUCUGUACGCCAAAGUUCAGUUUGACAGAGAAGAAAGAAAGUAUUACAAUUUACCAAUUGCAAUUACCGACCAUGGUUCACCACCAAGAACAGGCGUCAGCAAUCUGAGAGUUGUAAUUGGUGAUGAAAAUGACAAUCCCGCUCAGUCUGGCUCGAGUUCUAUCACAGUUUACAAAUAUGAAGAAUUGUCUGAGGAUAUAACAAUAGGAAGAGUGUAUGUCGAGGAUCCAGAUGACUGGGAUUUGCUGGACAAAGUGUUCCAGUUCAAAGUGGACAACCAAAAUUUCCAUUUGAAGUCUGAUGAUAAAGGAAUGCUGGUUAUGCAUAGCGACACUGAGGCUGGUCGUUAUUCGUUAGAAUUUUACGUUACCGAAGAUCAUCCACCUAACAUCAUCAACAACAGGGUAGAAGCUACAGUCGACGUCCUGGUUAAGGUGGUCCCGAAGGAAGCUGUUGUGAAAUCUGGCUCUAUCAGGAUCAAUGGGACCACUAUUGAUAAAUUGAUUGAAAGAGAUGCACAGAACCUCAACAAAUUGGACAUCCUGCAAAUGGAAAUUUCCAGAUUUGUUAAUGAGUCCUUGGAAAAUGUUGAUAUAUUUACUGUAUUGCAAUCCGGUCCUUACAUAGACAUCCGAUUUUCCGCCCAUGGCUCACCGUAUAUGGUUCCCGAUUAUUUGAACAACAAAAUAUCCGAAAACCAAAAAAAGUUGGAGAAGGAGCUGGGUUUCCACAUGCACUUAAUCGGUAUAAGCGAAUGCUUGGAUGAAGCCGCCUGCAACGGACUUUCUUGCUCGAAUGAGCUCAGCAUCAAGAGGGAACCGGCUGUCGUGUUCACCAACAAGACCUCCUUUGUCGGUGUGAAAGCAGUCGUGGAGAAAAUCUGCGAAUGUCGGACUCGAGUACCUGAUGGCUGCUACAACGGAACUCUUCUAGAUGGUGGAGCUUGCGAUUGUCCUGCUGGUAGCGACGGUCCCAACUGCGAAAUUCUAGCCAUAGGUUUCAGCGGGAACAGCUGGGCCAUGUAUCCUACAUUUGAUGCGUGUGCUACCCUGACGACCAUUUCGUUAACAAUUUUCCCACAGACCCCCAACGGUUUGAUAUUUUACACAGGACCUUCGACUUUGUCUCAAGCUGAAGCUUCCAGAGAUUUCCUAUCUCUUGAGUUGCGCGAUGGUUCGGUUGUAUUAAAACUAGACUUCGGACAUGGUCCCCUAGAGAUUGUUUCUAAGGGUGACAAGGAUCUCAACGAUGGUGCAUCUCACGAUAUAGAAAUCACGUUUGAUACUAAGGAAGUGCAGCUGACGGUGGAUAAAUGUGGCAGUAAUUGUCUCAAGUGGCAGAGUCUGCCAUCUCACAAAGGGUUGUUAAAUGUUAACGGUCCACUUCAAAUUGGCGGAAUGAAGAGAUAUUAUGGUGACGAAGAGUUCAGGAGGAUUUCCGAUCAAUUAGCUCCUACCAGUAAAGGGUUUAUCGGUUGUAUAAGAGACUUCAGAUAUAACGGUUUCUUGUACAACUUGGGGGAACCGUCAGAUCAUGGUCCUGCCAUUCAUAUUAAUUGUAAUUACAGUUUUGCAGAGGCUGUCGUCUUCGGGAUAGACUCGAAUUUUCUGGUAGCAGUUUUAGUUUGUGUAGCCCUCUUUAUAGUUCUUCUGUUGGCGGUGGUAGUAUAUAGAAGGAAACAAGACGACUGCAAUGAAAAGGAUAUCGAUGACACCAGGGCCACCAUCAUCAACUACGAAGAUGAAGGUGGUGGCGAAAGUGAUGCCAGUUUCGAUCUAUCAGUCCUGAGGCCGACCAAUCUGUACGAAAAACAACCAAUAAAGGAGAACUUCCAAAGUCAGGAAGUAUUGGCAGCUUUACCGGCGUUCUUGGAUAAUAAGAUAGAUAAUUGUGAUAAAGACCCUAACAACUUGACGUACGACGAUGUUCGUCACUAUGCAUAUGAGGGGGAUGGUAAUAGUGCAGGAUCCCUAUCUUCCCUGGCCUCUUGUACAGACGACGGUGACUUGAAAUUUAAUUAUUUGUCCAAUUUUGGCCCUCGUUUCCGUAAGCUGGCUGAUAUGUAUGGCAAUGACAACAGUGACGAUGACAGCCAAGAUGGCGGGGAAGAAUCUUGGUGUUAGAACGUUGCCUGAAUUUCAAGCUAGUACUUACUUAUUCCUUAGUUUUUGACCAAAGAUUAAAAACGAUUUUUGGAAGCACUGAGCUCGAAUUAAUUUAUUGUUUUAUUUUUGUUAUUUCGAUUUCUUUGAAAAGUCCUUAGUUGAUUUGGGGUACAAUAUACUGAAGUUUACUUUCAGGCAAGAGCUUAAUUCGUGCUUAUUUCAGUACAAUGUCAUGCAUUUAUUAUUAGCUGUAAUAUACCUAGUUUGUUUAUUAUACAAAAAAUUUAAAACUCUAUAGAAAACGUUUGUGCAGCUAACAUGGAGGUAUUUUUCUGAAUUCAUGUUACCAUUCAACGAUAGUUUCAGGUUUUCUAUAAAGUUCUAAGAAAUUAAACAUUCCUUUUGAACAAUGUGAUUUUUAAGGCAGCCAUAACUGAAUUUGUUUGAAAUUUAUUUAUUACUUCGAAGGUAUGUGAUCUCUAUGAAGAGCAUUUUAUUUAAAAACUCGUAGAGGUUCUUGAAAACGGAAGAUGUUGAAUCUUGUUGAUGGAUUUUACAGAUUUUUUUAUUUCGUAUUUAUCUUGGGUUGAAAAAGAACAAGUGAUGGAAUAUUAUCACUUGAAUCAGAUCAAUUUUGUAUCCAAAUCAAAAAGCAAGUGCCUUGAUAUCCAUAUAUAUAUAUAACUCUGUAGAGCCUAGAAUAGAGCUUAUUUGCCUUAGUACGUAUUGUGCUUCAAUUUUAUAUAUAUAUUUAUAUAUCACAUUCUAGAUAAAAAAAUUUUAAUUUGUUCCAAUAUUUUGCACUCUAUAUUCCUUUGAAUAUGUGGUGCUCAUUGCAAUGAAUAUGAUCAUUCCUCUUCUUUUAAAAAUUUAUAACGAUAUGACUGAGAUCCUUAAUGACUUAUUCGUAUUUUUCAUGAAUUUGUAAGAUAAAAUGAAUCAAAAUAAUGGUGCCUUUCCAUUCCAAUAUUUAGGAAUGACAUGAGAAUUUUUUAUAAUGAAAAAUACUUAAUUAUGAAAUAUAUUUAUUAUUCUUAAUUUUUGAUGAGCUUCUGACAUCGAUAUAUCUAUGUUUGCCUAUUUAUAUGAAGUGUUCCGCUUAAGUUAUUUCAUGAGAGAAACCUUUUCGAUUUCUGACUCCUUGCUCAUCGUGUAAUGCAAUAAUUUGUGCUCAUACCGUAAAUUUCAGUUUAUCGGGGGCAGGAAUUGAAAAGGGGUAAAAUUUAGUAUUUUUCCCUUCAUUUAGUAGUAAAAGAUCAGUUGAUUACAUUUAUUUUUUUUUAGGGUUGUUAAUUUUGAACUGAUUUUCGAGAUAGAUUUUAAGAUAAUUCAACGUCAGUAUUAAAUUCAAAGCAGCUUGUAACAUACAUUCUGACUUAUAAUAUUACAGUGCCAUAACCGUUCAAAUAAUUUAAAUCUUUUAAAAUUCGGUGGCACAUAGUUUUUUAACGGAUGGAGAGUUGAGGAAAAGUACUGGAUGUUUGAAACAUUAACUGCCAUGUGGAAAAUUUUUUUUCAUCAAUUUGCAGUGGUCCUACGAAUUGAGAGCAUUGAAAUUGGGCUCCUUUUUAUAUGAUAAUUUUGUAUAUUGCUUUUUUCUAUGUUAUAUAGUUGUUAAUUAUUUUCUGAAAUAUUACUGUAAAUAAAUCACCAACUUGCGCGAAAUAAAUCAUUUUCACCAA